AUGCGCCUCUCGACCCUCCUAGCAGUGGUCGCAACCACCACCUCGAGCCUCGUCUUCGCUCAGACUGAAUACCUCGUCCCUGUCCCUUGGCUGGUGACCAACAUCAGCAUCUCCAACACUCGUCACGGAACCGGCGGCUCGUGGUCGCUCAAAAUCAUCGAUACCCCAACGACCACACCGCAGGGCUUCAACACCACAUGUCGUUAUUUCAGCUCCACAUCCUACGAGUUCGCCAUCGACGGCUACCCAGUCAAUGAACCAUGCGCCAAUCCCAACGUGACGUUUGGGUUUUUUCCUAGCCCGCUCGGCUUCACUCUGAAUGUUACUCACCUGUAUGGGAAUUGCGGGAGCGCAGCUCAACCCACCCCCUGCAACGACAACGGCACCUGGACAUUCAGCACCGACGACAUCCGGGGUCAAGAAAACGACGUCCAGAAUAACUUCGGCCAGUCCGGCUACUUCUCGCUCCCUUUCUUGAACAUGUAUCCUUUGCGCGCGGUCCCGAGCUCGAAAUGCGAGUUCUGCUAG